AUGGCUCCUCUCAUCUCGCGCUCCCCUGUCGGCACCAGAUCUACUACCAGUAAUGUGACCACCAGACCAGCCACCAGCACCGCGGCGGGCAAACGGGUGGCUCGGAGCCCCUCUCCACCUGGUGACGAUGGUGUCGGCGACUCCAACGGCAACCAAGGUAGCUCAGGCGGUGGCGCCAACCGUGGAGGGACUCCCCCGCCCCUUCGGGACCCUGCCCCACAUUUCUUUCGUGACGCUCCCCACCCUCCCCACCCGGCUGACGACCCUCGCACCAGGGCCAUGAUCAUCAAUGCGGCCUCUAACCAGUUCCGCGAUGAGUACAAAUUACGGGAGGACGGUUCCAAUUUCCGUGACUGGCUCCGGGAGAUCCGAGAGCUUGCCUUGCUGUGUUUCAACCGUGAAGAUUGGUAUGAUGCCGACCGGUCACAUGACCGCUUUGACAUCCUCGCCAAGUCUGCCCUUCUCAUCUCAGUCUGCCGACCGAUCAAGGCCGACCUUUAUGAUGUCGGUUCCAGCCACGCCAUCAUGCAGCAACUUCGCCGCCGCUUCACCACAUUCAGCAGAGCGGCCCAGUUGAACAAAUGGAUUGACCUCUUUAAAGUUCCUUGUGACAAGAAUAGCGAACCUUCAUCUAUUGCCACCCUCUACCGCCAUCGCUUGGCAGAUCUCCGUGACGCCGGUGUUUGCAUCACCGCGGAUUCCAUUCUGUCCAUCAUCCUGCAUUGCUCCAUCGCCCACGGCACCAAGCUCCGCCAUGAAUUUGACAUGGCCAUUGACCGUGAGCUGUCUGUCGACCAAGACGACCCUCUCUCGUUCAACAAUCACAUAGACAUUCUUACCGCCUGCCGGGAGAAGGUCCGUGCUCGCGAGUCAGACCGCCACCGCAACCCCCUCCCCUCUGGUUUCUCAGCUGGUUUUCAUCAAUCCCAACCUCCGGCCCGGAGCGCUUCCGUUGAAAGCCACCCAGACAACGUCUAUGUGCUGGCUGGUAGGCCAGCUAAUUUCAAGUCCCCAGCUCCUGGGACGACUCGCACAUGCUUCCGUUGCGGGGCCACCGGGCACCUCAUCUCCAACUGCACGGCCCCUCCGACGUUUCCCGCGGCCCAUCGGGAUUUCCAUGGCGUUCCUCCUCCUCCUCCUCCACCUGGCUUGAUGGGACCACAAUACCAAGCGUAUUAUCCCAUCCUCGCACCCCCAUUUCCCCCUUUCCCACCCUUCUUACCCCCUCCCCCACCCCCAGCUCCGGCUCCCCUUCGCCCCGCUGACUCCUACAGACCGGUCUACAAGCAACCCUCCGGCUUGGGGAAUCGGCCAGCCGCCAGAGAGGCGGAGGCCGGGUCCGAAGAACCAGCCCCCGCUGGCCACGUGUUUGAUACCAACCCCGACAUGCAACCUUCCUUCUCUGAUUUGAGUUUUACUGGCACUGAUACUCGCCCUGAAACCUUAUUUGAUACUGGAGCCACCCACCACUUGACGGGUGAUAGCGAAAGGGACCCUGACUUUUCGUGGGCCCAGCUCAACUCUUAUCCAUCUUAA